AUGGAACUCGCCACGUUCUGCGAGCUGUUCGCCCAGCUUCGCGAAACCACUGGCGAGCGCUGCGGCAGUGCGCGCGAAUUCGUUGAUCAUAAUGCCAUCGCGCCCGGAUCGAUUGGCGAUCGAGCACACAUCGCGAUCUUGCUGACACAGAUCGGACCGGAAUAUGUCCUGAUUGUGGAUGCCAUUCAGAAUGACAAGGAUCCGGCAGCGUCUGGCCCGUCCGUCCAUACGGUGCAGCAGACUGCCAAGAAAUGCAACUAUUGCAAGAAGCGCCGCCAUGUGGCCGCGCAGUGCUGGAAGAAACAGCGAGAAGUACAGCCGUCCAGGGACCAUGCCCUGAAGGCUGAACGGACCAGAUGGGAGAUUGGCAGGGCCCGCCGACUUCAUGAGACCGAGGAUCAAUAUCGUGAGGGCGAGGGUGACGACCCUUUAUACCCACGCACCGCAACCCCGGUGGAUCCUGGACUGGGCCGCCACCAGCCACAUCUGCUGGGACCGGGGCUGCUUCAGUAG